AUGCCGCCAUCGGGCAAGAGAGGCCAGCGCGGGCGGCGCGACCUUCGCAAGGACAAGGAAAUCGCCGCAGACCUCGAGAGCUCGUCGCCCAGCCGUCCCGCCAAGCGGCGCAAGAGAGCUCCCUCGCCAGACCAGGCCGACACCGUCCCAGCCGGCGCUCCGUCGCAAGCGCAGGAGUCUUCGUCGUCGCCCAGAGCCGACAACGACCAGCUGGUGGCGCAGGUGACGCAGCAGCUCCGGAUGCAGCCCGUCCAGGCGAGCAAGGACCAUUCCAACGCCAUCCACGAGGCCCACGGCGACGGCGUCAAGGCAUAUGCAAAGAUCGCGGCGCAGGACUGGACGUACUACAUCACCAAGCUCAACGUCAAUAUCGGGCGCGCGCCGGAGCCGUCUCAUGCCGGGCCGGCCAGCGAUGAAAAUGCCGUGCAUAUCGAUCUCGGCCCGGGCAAGAUGGUGUCGCGCGAGCAUGCGACGAUCACGUUCGACGCCGACGACGAGAGCUGGAUGCUGUACGUCAAGGGCCGCAACGGCGCCAAGGUGGACGGCCAGAUAAUCAAGCCGCAGACCUCGCACCCUCUGACAAGUGGAGAGGUCGUCGAGAUUGGCAACGUCGAGAUGAUGUUUGUGCUUCCUUCGGAAAUCAGUGGGCUGCAUAUCCAUCCCACCUUUCUCCAGCGGUGCGGACGGGGCACCGAUACGCCAAAGGCUGCGCAGCCUCGCCAGUACGCCCCGGGCACGCCGGCCAAGGUAGAUUUGAAGAGGCCCGGUACGCCGACGUCAUCGCAGGACCGUAGCGCGGCGACGAUUGUCAAGUCUCCCGCCGCAGCGAGCACUCCGGGAGGCCUUCUUGGAGCCAGUGGUGUAGACCUUAGUCUUGAUGACAACCAGCAUAUCAAGCCCCAGUACAGCUAUGCCCAGAUGAUAACACAGGCCAUUCUCAAUGCGCCAGACGGCAAGCUCAAUCUAAAUGGCAUCUAUAACUUUAUCAUGAACAGCUAUUCCUAUUAUCGUCACCAGCACGCGGCAGGUUGGCAGAAUUCUAUUAGACACAACCUGUCGCUUAAUAAAUCGUUUGACAAGGUCGCCCGGUCUACCGACGAGCCUGGAAAAGGAAUGAAGUGGCACAUCGUUCCCGAGACGCGGGACGAAAUGGUGAGGAAUGCGUACAAAAUAGGACGUGGAGGCCACCGUGGAUCGUCCGUGCCAUCGUCACCGAGCCAGUUGAAUUACAUUACCCACGGCCCAAAAGAUAUCCUGGCGCGGGAUCCCUCAUCCGCGCAAAAGAGGCGAGGAUCGUCGCUUGUAUCGCCGCCCCCUCAAUCAUCCCUCCGCGCCAUACAGUCGACGCCGGAUCGCGGAUAUGGGCGACAAACGGACCGGAGCUCGGCUUUGACUGCGGACGGAAGCCCCCUGCCGCGACCAAGAAAAUCAAUGGCAGGCGACUCAUCCUUUUCUGGGUUCCAUCCUCAGUCGCCGACCCUGACGUCGUCGUAUAUGCAAGAUGAUAAUGCGUCAUUCAUUACGCCGGCGCCGCCGAGGGUCCAUCCCAAGCUUGCACCUCCCAGCACUGCGCAGCGGCCCAGCCAGCAUAUGCCGACCAGCUCUCCGGCGCCCUUUUGGAAAUAUGCCGACAUUGGCAGCACGCCGCUGAAGCCGCUGGCGCCAUACGAAGUCAGUCCAUCGCGAGUUGCUAGAGAGGGACGUACUCAAAGCAGUAGCCCCCCUGCGGUUGGCAAGUCACCGCCAAGUAGUCCGUCUCGACCGCAGAAAUCUGGCCAGCAGGAACCUUCAGAUGCUGCGGAUGAGGCCGAGGAAGAACAAGGAUUUGAUUUGAUGAAAGGAUUUCAAAGUAUUGGCGCAUACCAUGCUCCUGUAGAAAGAGGCGUUUCCAUCGGCGCGGCCUUGAAGGGCGGUUCAUGA